UAAGACAACGCUUACUCGCAAUCUCCUGAGACUUCCACAAAUACCACACACAGAGAGUACUGAUGGAGUUGAUAUUCACAACAGUUUAGUAAACCUAGAUGAUAAGGACUGGAUCACAGAUGCUGACAUGCAACAUGCAGGUAAAUGCAUGGAUGCAAGACUGAUACAGUCACUCCAGAGCAUCGGUUCUGAAAAUACAGGAGCAGAUCCAAACACAGAAGGUGACAAAUCAGGCCAAACUGCUUCAAAUUCUGAUGAAUUUGACAAUGAUAAUCAACAUAAUGCAGGACAUGCAAGACCGAUACAGUCACUCGACAGCACCGCUUUUAAAAAAGCAGGAGCAGAUCAUGAUGAUCUAAAAAAAUUAGGACCUAGUACUCCUGCCAAUUCCAAUGAAUCUGUCUUGAAGACUCUUAGAAAUUUGAUGAAAGUUCCCUUAGCAGAUCGCGAUUAUACAAGGCUUGGAGAGUUGAGUGUGUGGGACUUUGCAGGACAGUUUGUAUUCUACACAACCCACCACACGUUCCUGACCCAUCGGGCUGUGUAUCUACUGGUCACCAGGCUUGACCAAAACAUCAACGACACUGUAGGCAAUGACCAAUGCUUUCUUGACGCCACCGGCUGCAAGGAAAUGAAAAUCAAAGAUUUUGUAUCGUACUGGAUGAACUCUGUCCACCUAUACAGCGGUGCUGCUGAGCACCUGCCGCCUGUGAUACUUGUGGGAACACACCUGGACAAGGUUGAGGGAGACAUUGAAAAGAAGACAAAAUCAUACUUUGAGGAUCUCCGGAAUUAUCUGUUGCACAUGAAGUCACCUACUUCAUCUCACCUGAUUGACACAGACUACACUGUGUCAAAUCCUCCUGAUGAGCAGGAAAUUGGAAACCUUAGACAGAAAAUAGUUGACCUUGCAUCUAAGCAAGCAUACUGGGGAGAAAAGAUUCCAGCCAAAUGGAUAACCCUGGAAAAAGCAUUGAUGGGAAAGAAGAUUGAAGGUGUCAAUAUUAUGUCAUAUGACAAUGUGGUUGAUCUAGACAAAAGUACUGGAGUUCCCAUUGAUGACCAAGAGAAACUAGAUCUGUUCUUGCGCUUUCAGCAUGCCAAAGGGAAUAUGAUUUACUUCAGUGAAGGUUCUCUGCGUGAUCACAUAGUUCUCAAUCCACAGUGGCUGAUAGAUGCAUUCAAAUGUAUCAUCACAGCUCGGCAAUUCUGCAUCAAGUACCCCCCUCUGCCACAGCACUGGGAGGCCCUCCAAGCAACUGGAAAGCUGUAUCUAGGUAUGGUGGAUGACAUAUUUAAAAAAGAAGAAUUAUGUCAACAUAAAGAACAUAUACUGGGUCUGAUGGAACGUCUUCACAUCAUAAGCCACCUCCUAGUGGACAAUGAUGAUGACAAAAGCAACACAUCAGAAAAGUUCUACUUCGUGCCAUCAUUACUAAAGGACAAAGUUACAGAGUGCGAAAUAGAAAACUAUGUCAAAGGCACAAACGGAACCCCCUACUUGUGUUACGUCUUUGAGAACAAUUUCCUGCCAACUGCUGUGUUCCAUCGUCUCAUUGCUGCCUGUCUGUCCAAAUACACAGUAGCAAAACAGGGAUCAAAGUUCCUGAUAUUCUGUGGAUAUGGGAUCUUUGAUCUGAAUGGUGGUGGGCUGACACGUCUAGUGGUGGCUUUCUAUGACAACAUCAUUCAAAUUGGACUGUUCAGGUUCAGUAAAGAAAGAUGUGCACCAGAAACCUCCACAUGUGUUUCGGUACGACAGUUUGUAACAAAAACCCUGAAGUGUGUUCGUGACCGAUACAACAUGAAGUUGCCAUUCACACUGAAUUUAAAGUGUGAGAAGAGUCCCCUUCUAUCUCAUGAAGGUUUGCUGUCAGAAGAUGCUGUAAUAAAAGGAGGUGAAGAGAUGGUGUGUCAUGGCCAUGACAAGGAAAGCCACAUCAUCAACAGACAUAGCCUCCUACAUCUUUGGUUCCCUGCUCAGGUAUCAGCUACAGACCCCAACCAGGGAGACCCCCUCAGACUGACAGAACAGGACCUCCAGCAUCUGGCUUCAUACUUUGGCAGUGGUUGGGAGAUGUUUGUUGGGCAGUUAGGUGUAGGCAGUGAAACAGUGGACCAGAAGAAAAUGGAAAACUCGACUCAUGUACCGAGCCAAGUGUACAAUUGUCUGCUGGUCUGGUUCAGAAAGUGUCCCACCCGACCUACCAUCACUGUCUUUGAUCAAACUCUACAAAAAAGCCUAGAUUUGUGCUCAGUUAACAUGGAAAAAUAUGAAACUUUGAAAAAAGAGAUUGAAAACAGAUAACUAAAACAUUGUGAAAAUAAAAUAUAAACAGUUUUGGACAAAUGAUAUAUAUGAUCAAUUUCCUAUUCUGAAGUUGUACAAUCCCCAAUUUAAUCCAACUGUUUCUUUGUGAUUGACAUUUAGAAUAUCAUAACAUCAUCUUUUCAACAGCUUUGGCUAACUUUGUGUAUUUGGCCUGCCCUGCAUGGUGUACUUGUAUUACAGUUACAUAUAAACUGAAGAUGUACAAGG